UCCAUCAGAUCUGAACGUAUUGGCUACUUCUUGAAUUUGUCUGUAAUAUUCGCACAUAUAAUAGUUCAUAUAAUUGCUAAUUUGAAUAUUGAAACAAACAAAUAAGUUUAAACACUUCAACAUUUCGUAUAUAUUAAGAACAUUUGCCUAUAAGUGAAUUGUUAUAUAAUAUUAAUUGAAAAAUAUUUCUUCCUGUGAAUGUGGAUAAGGAAACGUAAAAAAAGAAUAUAUUGUUAUAAUCAAACACACGCGUUAAUUCGAACGUUUUGUAAAAGUGAAAAUGUCUGACGUAAACGCCAAGAUCAACAAAUAUUUCAAUGUACUUGUACCUAAAUUAGCGAGUCAUCUUCGAGAUGAUUUCGAUAAAUUUGAAUGCGAGUUUAAUCAACCUGAAAAUAGUAUCUUUGCCUCUGGCAUUUAUUUCCUCGUAAUCAAAUUUUGGAUUAAGAAUGAUAACAAAACUAAAGAUAAAAAGGAACCAAAAACAACGAUUAUGCGAUUCGUGAUUAAAACACCGAUCACGACUGAAGCCGUGCAACAAGUUACUAAUAUAAAAAAACACUUUCACAACGAAAUUAUGUUCUAUCGUAAUUAUGCUACAGAGAAGGAUAAUUAUCCAAAAUGUAUUUACAUCGAAGUCGGUGACUUGCAUGAGACAGCAUUGAUUUUGGAAGAUGUAUCUAAUCGAGGUUACUCUCUUCAUCCACAAAAAAUCGAUCUACCGAUGGACGAUAUUCUUGCAGUUAUGAAAGAAAUAGGUAGAUUUCACGCUAAAGGAUACGUCAUGAAGGAAAAACAAUCUGAGAAAUUUUUUAACCUGGUUAAUGAUAUUCAAGAAUGCCGAUACAGUGAUGACGAUAAAGUAAUGUCACAUUAUUAUAAUUAUUUAAUUAAUUACGUAGGUGUCAGACCUGUCCUGUAUUUACGAGAACAUAAUUACGAUCGAGAUGUUUGUGACAAACUCGAGAAAUUCUUAAAAAACGCUUAUGAUAAUAUCGUAUUAAAAACUACGAAACCUGUUGAACCAUUGGCCAUAUUUUGUCACGGUGAUUUCACUAUCAACAAUAUGUUAUUUAACAAGAACGAGAAGGAAACUCAAGUAUUGCUGAUCGAUUUCGCUUUAAUUCGAUACGGUUCACCGACGAUCGAUCUUUCCACGUUUCUCUGUCUCUCUUGUAUCAAUCAAGUGAAAUACAAUAACAUUUCAAUGGUCUUACGAGCUUAUCAUGACGAAUUGACGAGAUAUCUUAAAGAAAAUGGUUUGACUGAUUUAGAUAAAUACUCAUAUGAAGCUUUUUAUAAUGAUUACGUCGAGAAUGCUCUAUUUGGUUUUACCAUAGCUACAUUUUUCUUACACAUGCUUGUAAACAAGAAUUUCCCAAAGAUACCCGUUCUCAUGAAUAAAACUGUAGAAGAAGUUUCUGAAUUAGCAUUCGUAUCCGGUGAUGAUGAAGUUUCCAAAUUAUUAUCAGAUUUGUUACUCGAUUUAAAGGAAAUGGGAUGCUUUAAUCAUGUUUUAUCGUGAUCUUAUCAGAUUAUUCGAAAUAUGAAGUACUUAAUAAAUUGAUAAAAUAACAGAAUAAAUGCAUGUCAUCUGUUAUCUAUUAGAAAGUGUUAUUACGAAAUAGACGUUUAUGGAGUACUCGAAUUUAUAUCUAUAUACUAAUAAAACUAUCUAUUUAUGUUUCAUUAUUAAAAUUAUU